CCCCACCUUUACACCAUGGCGCAGCAUGGUGAUGAUGUGGAGCUGUCGAUGGAGCGGAAGAUCAUGUUUGGCAAGUUUCUGGCGGCGACCAACAAAGGGACGAGGGACAAGGCGAUGAGGGAGCUGCGCGAGUGGAUUCAGAGUCAGGAGACGAUUGCGACGCUGGAGAUGAAGAAGCUCUGGGAGGGACUGUACUACACCAUGUACAUGACGGACAAGCCUGUGGUGCAGGAUGAGGUUGCGGUCUCGAUUGCCAAGCUCAUCAACGACAUGCCGCCGGGGAAGAACCUCCUGUUCACGGCCAUCUUCUUUGAGACCAUGCAGCGCAAGUGGCUCAAGAUCGACCAGCACCGGAUGAACAAGUACCUCAUGCUCAUCCGAGUCAUGCUCCGGCAUGCGUACAAGUUUUGCGCAGCGGCACCGGACGAGGUCUCCAAGCACAAGCGGCUGAUGAACCUUAACCUCAUUCUGACGACGCUGUCCAAGCCGCAGGCAGCGCGCAACUCGCGUCCGGACGUCAAGGUCAAGAUUGCGCGGCCAGAAGCCGGAAGGACAUCAUCAACCUCGCUUCUGGCAUCAUGCUUCAUGUUCUUGACAUCAUGCUCUUUGAGGCGCUGCAGGUCGAGGGCCUGGUGACGGACAUGGCACUGCUGAUGGUGGUGGUCGAGCCUGCGCUCGACGCCAUCAUGUCGUCGCCCAAGGAAUCGCUGGCGCGGACGGCCGACAAGCGGGUGCUGCGGCUGAUGAUUGAUUCGUGGGCGGCCGACUCUGAGCUGGUGGGCGAGGUUCUGGGCGAGGCCAUGGCCAAGAUGGAGACCGGCGAAGACGACAGCGACGACGACGGCGACGUGACGGGCGCCAUUGGCGACGACUACGAGUCUGCGCUCGAGGCGCUCGAGCCGGGUCACGACACACUUGUCCACGUCUUUGACCCGCAGGUCCUGGCCAACGUGGCCUUUGCCGCCGCCGCCGACAAGGCGACAAUCAACAGGAAGCGGCGGAAGAUGCUGUACGACGUGUUUGACCUCAUUGUUUCGUCUGCGUCGAAGCUGGACAUUCCCAUCGAGCGGCCGUCGCUUGUCUCGCUGUCGUCCAACAAGCGCAAGCGUGGGGCAGACGAGGCGGCUGCGGCUUUGGCUGUGGCUGCGGCUGCGGCCGCGACGUCCGACACGGAGUCUGAUUCCGAGUUGGAGGCCGGCUCGUCGUCGUCGUUGAGCGAGGACGAGGACGAGGACGAGGACGAGGACGAGGACGAGGAAGAGGAGGACGAGGCGCCAGCGGCCAAGCGGGCCAAGACGUCGGCGCUGAGCCACUACCGCAAGGCGUUUGGCAAGAGCGCCGGCGGCUCGUCGUCGUCCGACUCGGGAUCGUGCGAUGACGACGACGACGACGACGUCGAGUUUGACGAGGUCGACUCGGACGGGUCGUCGUCGGACGGGCUCGGCGACGAGGUGAGCGCGCUUAAGGACGCGCAGCUGAAGGCACUCGAGUCUGGCAUUGCCAAGUCCAAGUUUGAGUGGGACGACGACGACGCGGCCGAGGGCGGGGCGAAGACGGCCGAGGUGAGCGCACAGGAGGCCGAGGAGUCUGCGGCGCGGCUGCUCAAGGCUAAGAAGGCGGUGAAGGAGGCGAAGCGCAAGGCGGCCAAGAAGGCCAAGCAGGUCAAGGUCGAUCGCAAGAAGCACCCGUUCAUUGACGAUGUGGUCGACUUUACCGUCGACGAUGAGAACGAGGAGAAGCGUGUCCGCCCCAAGAAGCGCAAGGCCAAGCACCAGGGCGUGCCCGACGUUGAACGCAUCAUCAGCAACGCGGUCCUCGCCAAGGGCUCCCCCGGCCAGGUCGCCGCCAUCCAGGCCGAGCGCGAGCAGGCUCGCCUCGAGAAGGAGCGCAAGGGCCGCACCUCGCGCCGUGCCCGCAAGCGCCGCGCCAAGGCGCGCGCUAAGGAGGAGGCCGACGCCAAGCGGCGCGCCAAGGCCGGCCUCCCGCCCAAGAAGCCCAAGACCGAGUCGACCAAGUCUGGCAAGGGCAAGGGCAAGGGCAAGGCCAACGGCAAGAAGCGGGCAUCGAUCAAGUUCUCCCUUGACAAGAACAAGAUCCAUGUCUUUGACAACACCCUUCCGCCGACCCGGCGUCUGUCCUGACUUGCCUGCGCGCGCGGACGACGCGACACGAUGGGUAUGUGAUUGACCAUGUCGAUGGCGAUAGCGAUGGCGAUGGCGAUGGCGAUGCGUGAAUGAAGAGAGUCUAGUACAA